AUGGAGGCGUCCUCUGCUCGCUACGCGGCGCGCGACCGGUGGAGCGAUGUUGCGUUUCCGGCGCCGUCGCAACUGCAGCGAUUCAUCCAGAGUGCUUGUAGCCCGGAGAACUAUGAGCCCAAUUUGGCGCUCAACCUAGAGAUCGCCGACCUGAUCAACUCCAAGAAGGGCACAGCGCCUCGCGAGGCCGCGACGACCAUUGUCGGUUACGUCAACCACCGCAACCCCAAUGUGGCGUUGUUGGCUCUGAACCUUUUGGACAUUUGCGUUAAAAACUGCGGCUACCCCUUCCAUCUCCAGAUCAGCACCAAGGAAUUUCUGAACGAACUCGUCCGACGUUUCCCCGAACGCCCACCUCCCCGACCGACCCGCGUGCAGCUUAAGAUCCUCGGCGCCAUCGAGGAGUGGCGAGGCACAAUAUGCGAAACCAGCCGCUACAAGGAAGACCUAGGCUUCAUUAGGGAUAUGCACAGGCUGUUGAGCUAUAAGGGCUACACAUUCCCGGAGGUCCGCCGUGAGGACGCUGCCGUAUUAAACCCUAGCGACAACCUUAAAUCCGCCGAAGAGAUGGAAGACGAAGAGCGCGAGGCACAAUCGGCGAAACUCCAGGAGCUGAUUCGUAGAGGAACACCCGAAGACUUGCAGGAAGCGAACCGCCUGAUGAAGGUCAUGGCUGGUUACGACACGCGGUCUAAAGUCGACUACCGUGCAAAAGCCGCCGAAGAAGUGGCUAAGAUUCAACAGAAGGCGAGUCUUUUGGAGGAGCGCCUUGCGUCUUUCCAACCUGGUGAAGACUCGAUGAAGGAUGGCGAUGUGUUCGAUGAGCUCGCGUCGGCCUUGUCAAGCGCACAGCCAAAGAUCCAGAAGAUGUGUGAGGAGGAAUCGGAUGACCAUGCGGCUGUAGCCCGGUUGCUUGAGAUCAACGACAGCAUACACCGCACGGUUGAACGCUACAAGCUCUUAAAAAAAGGCGACGUCGAAGGUGCUCACAAAAUUGCACAAGGCUCACCCAUUCCUCACGCAUCUGUCCAUGGGGCCGCGUCAGCGACACAGGAGCUGUCGUUGAUCGACUUUGACGGCGACACCGUGUCUGAAGGUGCUGCACAGCCUUCUAAUGGUGCCACAGGGACUGCAUCUACACCUGGAGCACCCAAGUCAACUGGCAUCGAAAACGAUUUACUUGGAUUGUCGUUCAAUGAGCCGUCAACGAGUUAUGGCCAGCCGGCACCAGGCGGCGUUGCCCUUGGUUUCGGUGCAAACAACAACGUUCCCGGGCCUGCCUUGCUCUCUUCUGUUACGCAUCAUAGUAGUGCCCGUGGUCCACUAGGUACACCGUCGCCUUCUGCAUCGCCGCUGCCCUCUGCCACAACUGUAGGAGCCGGGCCCCCACCAACUACAGCACCAUCAGACGCUUUCUCGUCGCUCUUCACUUCUGCGGCGUUGGAAGCGUCCAGCUCGGGCACACCGCAACCUAAUUACCAAUCUCCGGCGUUUGCACCUCCUAAAUCAGCCUCGGUCGAUCCCUUUGCGGCCCUAUCUUCUCCUAAGUUCCGGUCGUCUGUAUCUGCUAGUCCCGUUCCAGCACCCUCACCUGUCCCCGCCGCUGUGGCGGAUGAUGACGAGUGGUCCUUCUCAUCCGCACUUCCUAGUGAGGCGGCGCCCUCGAAACCCAAAGAGUUCCGGGCAGUUAUUGGCAGCGGGCCUAUUAAGAUCGACCUCUACGCAACACGAGCUCCAGCAUCGCCAGCCGCUAUUCAUUUUGCGUUUGCAUUCUCGAACACGACACAGCAGACAGUUACUGAGCUUCACUUUCAAACUGCUGUGACAAAGGGUUUCGAGCUGAAGCUACAACCGCAGUCCGGCCGCACACUGGAGCCACUGCAAACACGUGGGGUCGUGCAGUCAAUGGAAGUUGGGCAUGCGAAUGAUAAAAGCCGUAAGGUUGGUGCAAUCAAGCUGCGGUGGCGCCUCUCGUACCGGCUAGGCGAAGAGACGAAAACAGAUAUGGGCGAGGUGCAAGAGUUUGAGCUCGCGUAG